CAAAUACAUCACUCGCUCCACUUUUCUCUCUCAAUUUUAUUAUUCUCGCCGUCGGUAGCGUCACUUCAUUCAAAACCCAUUCUUUUUGUAUCUUCAAAUUUCUAACUUUUUUUUGUAUCAUUCCACGUUGAUGUCGAAUCAAGAUUUGUAGGGUUAUUCUUUCUUUCUGAGGUUAGUGAUGGAAACUGGGGGUAAUUCCCUUCCAUCAGGCCCUGAUGGGGUGAAGAGGAAAGUAUCAUAUUUUUAUGAUCCAGAAGUUGGAAAUUACUAUUAUGGACAAGGUCACCCGAUGAAGCCUCAUCGCAUUAGAAUGACCCAUGCACUCUUGGCUCAUUAUGGCUUGCUUCAGAAUAUGCAAGUCUUAAAGCCUUUUCCUGCUCGAGAUAGGGAUCUUUGUCGGUUUCAUGCGGAUGAUUAUGUUGCUUUUUUAAGAAGUAUCACUCCAGAAACCCAGCAGGACCAACUUAGGCAGCUAAAGAGGUUCAAUGUUGGUGAAGAUUGCCCUGUUUUCGAUGGUCUUUAUUCUUUCUGUCAGACGUAUGCUGGUGGGUCAGUUGGUGGUGCUGUGAAGUUAAACCAUGGACUUUGUGAUAUUGCGAUAAAUUGGGCAGGUGGGCUUCAUCAUGCUAAAAAGUGUGAGGCUUCUGGAUUCUGUUAUGUGAACGAUAUCGUCUUGUCAAUUUUGGAACUUCUCAAAACACACGAGCGGGUCCUGUAUGUGGACAUUGAUAUCCACCACGGAGAUGGAGUAGAGGAGGCUUUCUACACAACUGAUAGAGUCAUGACUGUUUCAUUCCACAAAUUUGGCGAUUAUUUUCCAGGCACAGGAGACAUACGAGACAUUGGACAUGGGAAGGGGAAAUACUACUCCCUGAAUGUACCCCUUGAUGACGGGAUUGAUGAUGAGAGCUACCAGAACUUAUUCAAACCACUGAUGGAGAAAGUGAUGGAAAUUUUCAGACCUGGAGCCGUGGUUCUUCAAUGUGGCGCUGACUCCUUAUCUGGUGACAGGUUAGGCUGCUUCAAUCUUUCCAUCAAAGGUCAUGCUGAGUGUGUGAAAUACAUGAGAUCCUUUAAUGUGCCAUUGCUGCUGCUGGGUGGUGGAGGAUAUACGAUACGUAAUGUUGCUCGUUGUUGGUGUUACGAGACAGGAGUCGCACUUGGUGUAGAAAUUGAAGACAAGAUGCCACAGCAUGAAUACUAUGAGUAUUUUGGUCCUGAUUAUACUCUCCAUGUUGCUCCCAGUAAUAUGGAGAACAAGAACUCACGUCUGAUAUUGGAAGAGAUAAGAGGGAAGCUUCUUGAGAAUCUCUCGAAGCUUCGGCAUGCACCUAGCAUCCAAUUUCAGGAACGACCACCCGACACGGAGCUUCCAGAGGGAGAUGAAGAUCAAGAGGAUGCAGAUGAGAGAUGGGGUCCUGAUUCUGACAUGGAAGUUGAUGACGAGCGUAAGCCUCUGGCAAACAACUCACAACCUGCAAGAGUGAAGAGAGAAGUCGACGAACCUGAAGUUAAAGAGAUGGAGGAUCAGAAAGUUGCAGUUGAGCAAGUCAAAGGCGUGGAAACAAAAGCUGAAGAAAACUCAGGCUCUAAGGCUCCAGAUGCAGUUCCUAUGUCAAUAGAUGAACCAACACCUGUGAAAGUCGAACAAGAAAACAUGACCAAGCCAUCUGACCAGUCUGCUCAGAUGUACCCCAAACCAUAAACAGUAGAACGUUAAUUUACCAAUGGUAACAGCAACAGUACGUUGAUCUGUAAAUCUAUCAAUGAGCUAUAUUUAUGUUGGGUUGUCUUUUGUUUAUUAUUUUUCUUUGCUUCUUUUUGCCAGGUGGGUUUAGUCACUUUUGUGCUUAAUUUUUGCUCAUGUACAUGUAAUGCUUAACUAAUAUGGUAAGGUGAGGUGAGAGACCCCAAACCCACCAACUUUUUCUAGUUUUAUUUGUUGAUAGUGAGUUUCUCCCUCUGUUACGAGAUGCAUUAAUUCUGGAGUUCGACUCCCGACAUUUUUAACUUAUUGGGCACAUUAAUGAAAGGAAACUUCCACAGUGAUAUUGGA